AUGUCACCAGCACCUGAUUUAAGUGAUGAAACUAUCAUUUUGAAUCCACCACCGAAUACAGUUGUUCGUAAUGGUAUUUCAUCAUCUGAUGAACUCGAUCGCAAUCCAUUUAGUGAACAACAUAUGGAUCUUGGUUCAUUAACAAUCGAUUCAAUGGAAAGCGUUGAUUUAUAUGAUGAUGAUGACGAAAAUGAACCACCUACAUUAACCAAAGAAUCUAAUGCUCCAUUAACAACUUGUUCAGCACCAUCAACACCAACAGGUGCGCGUGAUCCACCAGUAGCAUUUCGAAGGUCUUCAAUAACAGAUAAUGAACUACCUCAAGUUGAAGUUAAAUAUCAAGGUGUUACAAAUAAUGGUGGAACAAAUAGUCCUGAUGGCAAUGGUUUAAUUGAUACAUUUUGGGGUUGCUUAAAACCAAUAUUUUCUGCAGUAAAUAAAAUUGGAGAAAAUAUUAAAUCUACUAGAGAUACAACAAAUACAUUAACAAAAACAGUUGAUGAUUGGGAAAUUCCAAUUGAUAGUAUUAUGAAUGAUUUAGUACUGAUUGGCACUGGAAUUGAAGGUACAGUUUAUCUUGGUAAACUGGGUGGUCAAGAUGUUGCAUGUAAACGAGUAAAAAGUGAAGAAGAAACAAAUAUAAAACAUUUAAAAAAAUUAAAUCAUGUUAAUGUUAUAAAGUUCCGAGGUGUUUCUGUCGCUUCACCAUUAUUUUAUAUCGUUAUGGAUUAUUGUGCUUAUGGUUCAUUAUAUGAUGUAUUAAAAAGGCGUCGUGAAAAAAAUUCUUGUACCAAACCAACACAAGUUCUUGAUUGGUCAAAACAAAUUUCUAAUGGUGUUAAUUAUUUACAUUCAAAUAAAAUCGUUCAUCGAGAUUUAAAAUCACCAAAUAUUCUUAUUGCUGAUAAUUUUGUUUUGAAAAUUUCUGAUUUUGGUACAAGCAAACAAUUAGGAAAUAAACAAGGGCAGAUAAUGUCAUUUAAUGGAACCUCAGCUUGGAUGGCACCAGAAGUUAUUAGACAAGAACCUUGUUCAGAAAAAGUUGAUAUUUGGUCAUUUGGUAUUGUUGUUUGGGAAAUUUUAACAUGUGCAGUACCAUAUCAUAAUAUAGAUCCAAGUGCAGUUAUGUGGGGUGUUGGUAAAGGUAGUUUGACAUUACCAAUUCCAUCGUCUGCUCCUGAAGGUUUUAAAUUAUUAAUGACAAUGUGUUGGAAUCAACGACCAUCGAAUCGACCAUCAUUUCAACAAAUAAUAAAACAUUUAAAUAUUAGUGAACCAGAAAUAAUUUUAUUUGAACAAGAACAAGAAUAUACUGAACUAACACGUGUAUGGUCAAUUGAAAUUAAUGAACAAUUAGCACGUUUACCAACAAUAGAUAUAUCAGCAACACUUAAAAUGACAAAUGAUGAAUUAUUGAAAAAACGUAAGGAAGAAUUACAACAUAUAGCUGAUAUACGUUCACAUUAUCAAACAAAAUUACAACAAGUUAAUACACUUUAUAUUGAAUUAUCAUCAUUAAUGAUGCAAUUACAAAAACGUGAACAAGAAGUCAAAAAAAAAGAACGUUUACUUAAUAUACAACAUCAUCCAUCAUCAGGCAAUAAUAAUGGAAAAAAACGAUCAAAUAAUUCUCUAUCAGAGGCACGAAAAAAAUCUUUACAAUUAAUUAAAGCCGCAAGUUUUACUUUAAAUGACCCAAAUAUGAAGUUAUUUCAACUAUCAACAAAACAAGGACAUUCAAAUAAAUCAAAUACUUUAUCGUCGAAUAAUCAAUCGUCAACAAGCUCAUAUAAUAAUAUUUCAAUUAAUUCAAAUAAUAUUCCAACAUCAUCAUCAUUUGUGCCUACAAUAAGUAAUAAUCCAGAUUCAUCAAGUGUUAAAACUAUACAACGACGUAAAAAAGGUCCCGGUCAUCGUCGUAAUAAUAGUAAAGGAAGUACAGCAUCAUGGACACCACCAAGUCUUUCUGCAAUUGCAGAUCAAGAAAAAAAACGUGCUUCUAUAAAUUUAACACCAAAUAUGAUCGAAGAAACAUUUCCAAAAAGUCAAACAGUCAAUGCAUUAGUCGAAAUGAUUCCUAUGACACCAAUGAAAUCUGCAAUACCAUCGAUUUCGGCUGAUAUAGAUUCGAAAUCAAACAUUCAAAAUCGAUCAUUGAAUCCUAAAAAUCUUAAACUUGAUCUUUCUAAUUCAAUAAAUUCACAAAUAUCACCAACAAUUCAUGAACGACCUACAACUAUAUUUACUUAUGCUUUACGUAAGUCGUCUAGUAGUGAUCCAGAAGAUUUAGAUGAAAAUCAUCAUCAUAAUCUUUCUCGGCAACGUCGACGACGUAAUUUAAAUUUUAAUCCAAAUAAAAUAUCAUCACCAUCAUCAAUAACAAUACGUUCAAUUAAAUCAAAUUCUAAUGAUCAACCAACACCACAAAUAGAUGAAUUAGAAAAUGCUAAUCGUACGAAUGAUAAUAAAAAUGAUAAUGAAAAAGCAAAUGAUCUACGUAAAUAUCCCAGAAGUGUUAGUUUUCAAUUAUCACCACCAACAACACAUGAUCGAAGUCCAUCUUAUCAACAACGAAAAAUAAAUAAUAGGCAUAUUCCUUACAGUUCAUCUGAAGAAGGUGAAGUUGAAGAAGUUCCAAGUGAUCAUUAUGUACUUGAUGAUGAAAAACAUCGAGCUAAGCAUGAAAAUUUAAAUCGAGAAUCAACUGGAUUAUUUUCAUCUGAAAGUGAAAUCUAUCAUGGAAAUAAUAAACAUUCAUCAUCAUUAAAAAAUGAAGGCAUUUUUUCUGAUGAAGGUGGUCAUCUAUCGGAUGAUCGACCUGAAUCACGUGAAUCACUAGUAAACAGUGAACCCGAACAUGAAUGGCUAAAUCAUGAAUAA